AUUUUCACCUCAGUCCAGUUAGAGCAGUGUUGCGUGAUUUACGUGUCCACGUAUCAGCUGCCAACGAAACGAUCGUAAACGAAACAAUGGAACAAAAAGUGUUAAUUAACAAACAUUUUGAUUAUGAAAAAUACGUUUAAUUUCUUUUAAAAUAACUUUUUGUGUGCACAAAAAAGUUUCGUAAUGUUUUAUUUGCAAAUUUUCGAAUGUAAAAGUUAGUUUGUGAUUUGUUCCGAUCGUCUCCGACGGUUUUGUGUUGAAAACAGUGAUUUUCUGGUUUAAUUCGUGUCGAAUUGGUUUAUAAUUGGACGUGUACUUGUUGGAGCGGUGUACAACUUUGCUGAUUCCAGAGGUCCAGUCUUUAAAAGAAAGAAGAGCGACUUAACCAUCAAAACUGGAUACUACCAGCUAAAAGUUCCACCAUGGAUUCUGAGAGCCGAAGCGAGUCGGCUCUGAAUAGCCCAACGGAGCCGGAUGUGUCGCUGGCGGCUUCUCUCACCGACCCACUUGAAGCCCACACCCUGGAUGAAGCUAGGAGAACAAUAAGGGAUCUCCGAAUGAAAUACAGGGCACAGGCGCAUCAGCUGCUGACAUGGCGCCGUGCUCAUCGUACCCAAGAAGAGCUCGUUUCUCGACUACAGCGAGAAAAGGCCGAACAACUGAAGAGCCUCUCCAGCCAACUGCUUCUCUUCGAAUCACGACUCGUUCGGAAGCAAAAAGAGAUAACCACCAUGCUUGCGUUACGAGAAUCUAUUAUCAUGAAGCAGCAGAAAGUGAUCGAGAGCCUUCAAGUCAAAUUAAUGGACAACGGCAUUGACAUGUCGCAAAACAUUCCAGAUUUCAGGGAUAUGCUGCAAGAUACGCACAUCACUGGCGACUUUGAUUCACUCAACGACUCCGAUUCCGCUGUCAUUAUGGAGGACGCUGAUUACGACAGCAACACUUCACAUUUAAGAUUCAGAUCCACAAACCCCGACAGCGUGACUGUAGUUAGAUCAAUAUCAGAUGCCAUAGAUCCGAACAUGAAAUACAGUGUGGUUCGCCGUUCAAAUGGCUUCUUAAGAAGACCAGAAAUUCUGGAAACCGUAUACAGCGUGGAAGAAGAAAUGGAUGGCGAUUCCACGAAGGGCCUGAGCGCGCAGAGCAGCACAGAGAAGGAAAUUAAAGAAGCAAACAAAACCGACGAAGAAAAACAUACAAGCCUAUUAGCUCAAAGGCGAGACAACUUUCGCAUGAGGAGCGUUGUGUUAACCGGAGAAAUUAAAAGCAUCGAGGGUGACAAAGAUCUCAAGACCAAAAAAGAGAAGGACAUUUGGUCGUAUAGUUAUGUGCCAAAAAGGAUGACUCCCGCCAACGAUUCUGAUGAUGAAGUAACUUCGAACGCUGACAGCGCUGACGAGGACCCAGAACCGAAGCCGAACCACGUGGUCACCUACAACAGAGUUAUGUCGAACCACAGAAACGUAACGAAACCAAAAGACGUCAAGUACAAGAGGAUUAACAAAGCCAAAUCGAAGAGCCUGGAGGAGCUUCGCGGAAGAUUAAAGAAUUGGGUCGAGAAGGGAAACAAGCUUUCAAAUGUACCUUUAGAGCACGCUCAGAGCUAUGCCUAAUUCAAAAGUUCCUUUUAUUGUAUUAGCUGUGUGAAAUCAAAACACAUUUGACUUAACGCUUCUUCAGAUGCUUUCUUCAAAGUGGUAUUGUUGUGUCACAAAAUUUACUAAUGAAUAGGUAGAUUACACAAGAGUAUUUUAGAUAAAUGUUUCAUGUUAGGCUUGUAAGUAGUACCGGCUUGACUUAAAACGAGGCCAGAUUCAUUGAAAUUCUUAUUCUUGAUACUUGAACUAUUGUAAAUAAUUUCUUAUUGUAAAUUAUAGGUUUUGUAAGUGUCUUAGUCAAUUGUUAUGCGGUUUAUCUUUUGGCUCAUAGAUGAUUCAAAUAUUGGAUUGGAGUUUAAAGAAAUUCAAUUUUGAGAAGACAUUAAAACUAGGUAGAACGAAAUUUUGAGAACAAUUAUUGGAAAGUUUUGAUUCGCAAUUCUUUGAAUUUUUAAAAAUCUUUCGCUUAUUUUUGAACAGAAAUUCGGUAUCUGCGGAGAAAUAGGAUUUGUAUUUAUGCGUCUGACUGAUUUUGCAUAUUAUAUGUUUUUCUUUUGUAUCCAAAUCGAUAAUAAAUUUAUUAUAAUAUUUAUGUACGUUAUUUCGCACCUUUAGAAUUAUAAAGACCCAACUCAAAAAAUGUGUUUUUUGGAAAACAUCCAUUAAAGUUCUCAACCCGAAAAAACAUAGAGGAAGGGGACAGAGUGAAAGAGACCGAUAGAUUGCUUUGUCCUUUUAUAAGGUACUUAUGGUCAUUUGAUUACUAAAAGUCGCUGAACAAGAUAGUUCUAGGUCAAUUUUUGAAUUAAAGACGAAAUUCAAAUAUUUCAAAAUGAGUAUCUAUAAUUUUAAAGGUGCGAUUUGUGCGUAUGAGUUCGUAGCCGGAUUUAAAUUGAGAUUCUGUGAUUUUGUCUUGAUUUUGUACUGUUUUUUGUCUCAACUCAAAAAAACUUUUUUAGUUGAAAAAUAUUUUGUCAAGGACUUGAACAUAUCGACGCUUGAAAGGCAAACGUGACUAAGCGACAAUGCGUGAACUUUACAGUAGACUAAUAUAAAGUUGAAAUACCUGAAAAAAAUUCUAUUUUAACAAAUCUAGCUGUAGUAGAAUCUAGCUAGUAGCUGUAGGAUUGAAAUGAUUUUAAGAGACCUAGAAAUAUAUAUUUUUUUGCGCAUCGAAUAUGGUUAUUGCCUAUCAUUUAUGUACAGAGCAGUUAUUGUCGCUUUGUCACGUUUGCCUUUCAAGCGUCGAUAUUUAAAAUUAAGAAUUUUAAAAGUUUUAAGAAAAAAAAUUUUUUUUUCAGUCAAGUUCAUAGUUUUAUUUUAAUCAAACUGUAGACACAGAAAAGUUCAUACGAAUGAAUGAACACAAUUUUUUUCUUUUGAAAUGCGACUAAACGCGAUUAAAUAAAAGGCAUACAUUGAAAAUGUUUCAAUUAUCUUCUUCAAUAGUUUUAAUACAUAUUUAGUAGUGUCUUGGUGCCAAUUGUAAUUUAGUGUUGUCAUAAUUAAAGUAAAACAAAUAAAAUAAAUAUUAUAAAAAAAGCUCAUUGAUCUGUGAAUUUCAAUGUGUACAGAAUAAAUCUUCAUGUUUAAAAUAAAAAUAAAUAUGAAAAGAUUAAAAAUAUAAACAAAAAAGUUAUUAAGUAAAAAUUUCUAUUAAAUAAGUUCAACAAAUAAAAACGUUUUUACUGCUGGUGGACACAGACAAACAUGUUGCCCAUAUGGUGAGUGGACUCCGUUGUUCAUGGACAUCAGCAAGGCCAGGGUAAUACCCAAGUUCUCGUCUACCGCCAUUCAAGGACUUAACGACCUACGUUCCAAGUUCUGUAAAACCAAAUAUGUUAUAGCGUAAUAGCUUUUUAUUCGCCGGAUAUACAUUCCGUUAAUAUGCCGCGAAUAAAGAAACCGUGAAUAUGGAAAAGCACGUUUACAAAGGAUAUGCGGUUGGAUUCCUACAUAUUGGAAUCUUAUGUUUAAAUCGGUGUACCGAUUAGAUCCGUAAAUAAAUAAAUCUUUAACCGCGAACAUAAGGAUUGGGUGUCUUUUUUUAAUCCACGAUUAGUGAAAACACAAAUGAAGGAAUCGCGAAUAAAGAGAUUUUACUGUAUUGGAAUGUAGCCAUACCUAUUUAUUGCCAAUUGAUUACCUAUUCAUGCGAAUGGGUAAAAUUUUAAUUUUAAUUUUCUACUACAUUCUCACACACAUGAACCUAAUAGCAUACGUUAAAGCAAAACCCCCCACAAUGGGAUUAAAGCAAAACCCCACACAAUGGGAUCAAAUCGUUGUCGCUCCUAUAUCUGCCGCGUAGUGCUCUAUAGUCUGCUCUGUGGUCUAAAGGGUACCACUAUUUUAAUGAACCUUCGACCUGGAACUCAACGCUCACAUGCUAUUGUAUGUAAUUUUAGGAGAUAAAAUUUAAUAAAUUAUUUAAAAAAAUUGACAGAAAAAUCGAUCUUGGUUCUUCCUAACCGAAUUUAAAAUGACGUCCUCAAUUCGGUCCUCAUGUUUAUUAAGCGUAUGCUGUUCACCUGAUUAAUUUCUCGAACGAUUUAAAUAUAAAAGAUUUCUCUGUACACAAAUCUUUGUAUGUUUAACAUAUCAUCACAUAUUUAAUUCACAUCCUAAAGUAAACGAUCGUAUAUUUUAUUGAAAAGAAUAUUAAAAUAUUUAACGCUAA